AUGGUGAGAGAACAUAAUCUCUCUCUAGUUGUGCUCGGAUUGGAACUACUCUUCUCGGUGAUUCUAGUUGCAUCGUACCAUUUGCAAUGCGGAGAUGGUCGUCGGCUGAGUUUAAGCAUUAAGGAUUUUAUAUCUGAUGCUAACAAUACAGCCGAUCAUUCUCAGGCGUUUCAAGAUGCAUGGAAAGCAAUAUGUGAAGCGAAUGGGAAAGAUCAGGCAACAUCUCUUGUAAUACAUGCCUACGAAAAAUAUUUCAUUCAACCACAAACUUUUCGAGGUCCUUGUGUAUCUCGUAAUCUUCAUAUUCAGAUUGAUGGAAAACUUGAAGCUCCAAAGAUGGUAAAGGAGUGGAAGAAAAUUAACAAGGGAAAUAGAUGUUGGUUAUGUUUCGACAACGUGACAGGUCUCGUCCUCAAUGGAUCUGGUGUCCUCCAUCCCCAUGGUGAAGCUUGGUGGUCCUCUGUAGAGCACUCAAACCGACCAAGGACAGUUGGAUUUAAUGGAAGCAGUAACAUUAUAUAUAAUGGACUAACUCAAAUGAACAGUCCAAAAAACCACAUUUCAAUAUGGAAUUGCACCAACGCAACUCUAUCAAACCUUCAGCUAAUCGCACCCAAAGAUAGUCCAAACACUGAUGGCAUCGACAUCGCUCUUUCAAACAAUAUUAAGAUUUUUAACUCAAAUAUCCAAACUGGUGAUGAUUGUGUUGCCAUUAAUGGUGGUUCGUAUGAUAUCGACAUAACUCAUGUGGCCUGUGGUCCUGGUCAUGGCAUCAGUGUUGGAAGUUUGGGGAAAGGUGGGUUAAAUGAGACGGUCGAGAACGUGAAAGUAAGACAUUGCAGCUUCAAUGGAACUCAGAACGGGGCAAGAAUCAAGACUUGGGCCGGAGGAAAUGGGUACGCCAAGAAUAUUUUAUACGAAAACAUAACAUUAAUUAAUGUCAACUUCCCUAUCAUCAUCGAUCAACAUUACUGUAACGGUGGUCGCAAUUGUACGGAAGAGGCGACUGCUGUGAAAGUGAGCAAUGUGACAUUUAAAAACUUCCAAGGGACAUGUGGAAAUAAGAUUGCCAUAAAACUAGAUUGUGACAAAGCAGUGGGUUGUCAUGAUAUCAAGAUGGAAAACAUCAACAUCACUUCUUCAUCUACGAACAAAACCCUUACGGCGUAUUGUCAAUUUGCUGAUGUAGUUAGUCAAAUUGUUUCCGUUAAAAUCAAGUGUACUUCCGAUGAAGAACCUCUUGCACCAGCUUCAGCACCAUAUGCUAAACCUCUACCACCGACUCAACCUCCAUCAUUGUCUCCUCUUCCAUACUCUAUUAACUUUUUUAAAGCUUUCUUGUGA